AAGGGCUUUCUGCUUUACCCCCCUUCCUAAACGCUUUCCCCUCACUUCUCUUCCCCAGCUAAUUCAUCUGGAGAUCAAACCCGCAAUCCGGAACCAGAUCAUCCGGGAGCUGCAGGUGCUGCAUGAGUGCAACUCCCCAUACAUCGUGGGCUUCUAUGGGGCUUUCUACAGUGACGGCGAGAUCAGCAUCUGCAUGGAACACAUGGAUGGUGGGUCCUUGGAUCAAGUUCUGAAGAAAGCUGGAAGAAUUCCUGAGCAAAUUUUAGGAAAAGUUAGCAUUGUUGUGA